AAAAUAUUCAUUUCUCCUAAUGCAGUUAAAUGGAUGCUCUUUCAGAAGAUUUUCUUGCUUGCAAAGAUGAUCAUAAAGUCAUAUCUAUUCCCAUGUGGAAGAAAAUUUGUUACAUGAAGAAGCUAGAAGGUUUAGGGCCCCGCUGGGGGCAAUUUUCUUGAGGAAGCUUCAAACAGAGCCCAAGAGAGAAAGGAAUCUUGGAGGAUCAGAGAGAUGGGGAGGCUUCUUGGAGCAGAGAGAUAAACCAGAGUUCAAAGGGGAAGGAAUGAGCUGGGUAAGAGAUGGGGGGAUGGUAACAGGAGCGGGGAGGUCAGUAGCUUUGGCCCAAGGUAAGGAAUGCAGGGAGGUGAGCCUAGACACAUUGCUGGAGUCGGUUGUGAUGAACCUUCACUGAUACACCAGGGAUGUGGGAUGUUUUUGACAGAGGGGAGUCACGGAAGUCUUUUCAUAGGAAUAAGAUAAAGACAUUUCUGGUUUAGGAAUAUCAACAUGACCACAAUGUUUUGGAUAAAUUUGGGGUAGGAAGAAAUUAUGGGCAAUAGUUUUAGGAUCAGAUGGCAAAACUGGAUGAAGAAAAUUAUACCUAUCCUAAUAUCUCCCAUAAUUGCCUAUGGAUAGGAUUCACCUGGAGAACUUAUUAAUUAUACAGAUCACCACGAUUUUCCUCUGCAAAUGAUAACCCCAGUAGGGCUGGCAUUUGACAGGGAAUUUAUCAUUUUUAAAAUAGCUCCAUGUGAUUUUAUCUCCAGACAGCUUGGAAAAUGCUCCCUGGGAAUGUUUGGCUGAUCAGAUGUGAAAUUGCAUGUGACAGUGUCAAAGCAAAAACUGCACCAGAUCAAGUGAAACAGGCAAAGUAGAUUUUAUUCAAGGCUAUCAUAGGGAAGGAAAGCCAGAACUCAGUCUGAGCUCAACUCCACUGAAAUAAAAGGUGGGAAUAAAAUACUAGAGGACUUUAGGGGAGAGAUUGAUCCCUGGGAUGUGUUGGGCACAUUGAGUAAUUCCUGAGCUUGCAAAUGUUUUUCUCUGUGAUUAGGUCACUUGUGUUUGCUAAUUGGCACUCACCAAUCCACCAAUUAGCAAGUUAGGCUUCUGCCUUCCCACAGAGACUGGCAAAUAGGAACCCAGUCUUUCUGGCUGAUUGCAUUUCAAAGGGAUGGCUCCUAGUCCUUGAGAAAGACCUUCUGGGGUUAUAAAACUGGCCGAGGCUGGGAGAAGAUUUACAUCUCAAUGGAGCAGAGAAAGAAUUUACGAUGACAUGUUUUCUGAAGUAAAGGAUCUAAGAAAAGGGAGGUCAAGGCAAAGAGUCAGGAGAAGGCUGAAGUUUAGUCAAACUGAGGGGAACGAUAAGCCCAUCUUGGUCAAGGGUAAGGUACUACUACUACUAUUACUACCAUGACUACUACUACUGCUAUCUUUAGGGUGGCUUCUCCCUGAUACAGAAUGGAAAGGAAGAAUCAGUGUUAGGAAUGUUAGGAAAGAAAAAUCAACACGUCUUCCUAACCUAAUGUUGGGAACUGGAGCGGAGGAUACAGAAGAGUAAACAAUCCAUGUCUAGCGGCCCUAGACAUAGGGAGAAUGGAGAGGCCUUGGUGGAAUUGGAAUUUCCAGUUGGCAGGCAGAGCGGCGGUGCCAGAUGAACUGGUCAAGCCUAACUGCUCAGGUCCUUUGGUAGAAACAGCGCCCUGCACUCAGCACAGGUAGUUGACGAGAGACGGGAGAGGCAGCAGGGCUGCGGAAGCCUCCUCUGGAUCGUGGUCCUUUCUGGCAGAACACUGCAGAGCAGCCUGGACUGUGCAUUUGUGAUUGUCAACCUGUGUUAGCUUCACCUGACACACACACACACGCACGCAUCUUGUAUGUGUGUGUGUAUGUAUAUACAUAUAGAAGUAUUUAAAAGUAAAUUACAGGCAUUUAAGCAGCUGAGUUUUAUGGAAAACUGAUGGCAUCCAUUUAGCACAAGUUGUGUUAGAAAUUUGCCAGAAAACUUGGUUGAGGAGGUUGGAGCUUUCAGAGGCAUCCUGGGCAAUGAUUUCUGAAAAGGUUAUAAUGAAACCAUGGGAGCGGAGAAUGUUUUCACAAAGUUACUGGGGAUGUACUACGACAUUAACGUGUCUUAUUCUCUUUCAAGGGAGUAAGUGUAAAGGGGGAAGAAUGGAAGUCUAAGAAUUCCUAGUCCUCCUGAGCAGGAGUGGCUGGUCCCAGGGUCGCCUGCUCCAGCGAGGUCCCUGAUGCUAAGAACUGUAAAAGUGAUCGGAAAUGAGUGAACAAUCAGAAAAAAACAAUUCCACGCAAGAGAGACAUGCAGGUCAAAGUUCUCCUGAGAAAAACUGUCAAAUCGGACAGAAGCAACUGCAACAGAUAGAGCGACAGUUAAAAUGCUUGGCAUUUCAAAAUCCCGGACCACAGGUAGCAGACUUUAAUCCUGAAACAAGGCAGCAGAAAAAGAAAGCACGAAUGUCAAAGAUGAAUGAGUAUUUUUCUGUAAAGUACAAAGUUCUGAAGAAGUACGACAAAAGCGGCAGGCUUAUCUGCAACGAUGCUGACCUGUGCGAUUGCCUGGAGAAGAACUGCCUGGGCUGCUUCUAUCCCUGCCCCAAGUGUAACUCCAACAAGUGUGGCCCUGAAUGCCGCUGCAACCGCCGCUGGGUCUACGACGCCAUCGUCACUGAGUCUGGGGAGGUCAUCAGCACGCUGCCCUUCAACGUUCCUGACUAGGAGCUGCCCUUGUGGGCUGAUCGGUUUCUUCUUUACAUUUAAGGCAACCUCUUUCUCUUGGGUGAAUUUUAGGGCUGGGGGAAAAUGUUUUAAAAAAAUGUACUUAAGACUCAUGUUCUGCGAAGCCAUAGAACAGUGUGGAAUGGGCCAUCCUUCUCUAACCUUCCUGCUGUGACCUCUCAAAUUCCUCUCCUUGUAACCCAAGAGAGUGCCUAUAGAUGGAUAUCAGCACCGACACCUGCAUCGCUACUUUGGUCUCAGAUUAAAAAUCCCUUUCCUCUUUGCUGGUAUCUUAGGAAAUGGAGUCUGAAGAUCUUCAGAAUUCUGUAGCUGGGAGCUUGUCGUGACAUAGAACAUAGAAUCAUACGUUUAUAAUAGCUAGUUCCCCUUAGAAUCUUACACAUCACUAGUUCUAAAUCAGAAUUGUUAUUUGGCUUAAAAAAACCAAAACCUUGUGACUUGGCGUGCAU